UUUGAGGAGUAGGCUGGCAUGGUGGUGUAUAUUUAGAGGCCUCUAUUUCUGCCCUGUAACUGCCCCCCCUCCCCCAUUACUACUGUCCCCUCAGCCAUCCCAUCAACUGGAAUAAAUGUCAUAGCUGGCUCUGUCAGCGUUUCAGGAAAGCAUUCUGUACAUAAUCUAACGCAAAUGUGCGUCAACGUUUGUGCAAAUUCCCUGAAGCUGAAUUAGACCCACCCAAAAUAUAUAAAGAUCCUGGAACAGGUGGUGGAAUGUACCAAACAGAAUCAAUGCAAGUGCUCAGUGAUGAACACUGAAAUAUGAUCUUGGAGGCUGUCAUGCACAUUUGCCAAAGGAUUUCUCCUCUAGUCAGUAUUUCAUUUUGUUCAUUGUUCCUUUUGUUCAGUCUAAAAUAACAUAAACUCAGUUUGGACAUCCACUUCAGAUUAGAGCUUUUGGCCUCAUCACAUACAAACAGAGGCCUUCGAGUUUGCUUGCUUUCUCUCAGUGUUUGCUCUCCACUCUGCAAAUAACGGAAGGGUCCAAACUGCAACAUGUCCCUUUCAACAGAAGCAAUGCCAUUCUUAAACAAGAAUAGACCUUGUGUUUUACAUGGUUAUAUGACACAGCUCACUGCAUUUGCAGUAAAACAUAAACAAGUGUUUAUAUUAAAUAUGAUCUUCUUUCUACAGUGGAGUCGAGUUCAAUUCAAAGUCUACCAAAAUAGCAGCAUUCAGCUCCUGGAUAUGACUUAACAGCUGUGUUUAUAUAUUUUCCUCCACUCCAGAGGCUUGACGAUCUCACGUCUUUUUCUGCUUGAUGGAUUUUGCAGCUUCGUUCAUUACUUCGGACCAGCCUUUUACUGCAGAUCCAGAGCAUCAUUCUGACACCUGAGUGCACGUCAGCGCUUCGCUCCACAGUCACAGUGUAAGGAGCUCCCGCAGCCUUCUGAGGCUGUGUGUAUGGAUGGGAAUGGGAGCACGAGCUGGCUGCACUAACUGCACACAGGCCACAUGGAAGAGUCAUAGCUUCACUGUGCUGCUGCUUGUUCUCGUUUUAGCUCCACAAGCAUGGACCCAGUGUCGGAUCCUGAGGUGUAACUCCGAGUUUGUGGCUGCCACCUUGGAGCUGGGGAACAGUGGUGGUGGGAAAGAGGCGGGUAAUGCCGGUUACUGCAGCGCCCUGCGCUCCUACGCCCUCUGCACCCGCCGCACUGCCCGUGCCUGUCGAGGCGACCUGGCCUACCACUCCGCUGUCCAGGGCAUAGAGGACCUGCUGAUCCAGCACCGCUGUCCCAGGACGGGCCCAACGGCUCAGCCCAGGCCACUGCCCCAGGCACCACUCUCUGGGGACGCCUGCUUCUAUGAGAGGGGCUAUGUGCAGCGCGAGGGGCGUGCCCCAGAGUACCUGCACUGUGGUGUGUUUGGUGACCCCCAUGUCCGCACUUUCAGUGAUGAGUUCCAGACGUGUGCUGUGCCUGGAGCCUGGCCACUCAUUGACAACCAGUACCUCUACAUCCAGGCCACCAGCUCACCCACCAGAGGAGGCUCUUAUGCCACUGCACUCACCAAGAUCACCAUCAUCUUCAAAAACUGGCGGGAGUGCGCAGAGCAGCAGAUCUACCAGGCGGAGCUGGAUAACGUACCCCCGGCCUUCGCGGACGGUUCCACGAGCAGCGGGGAGCGGCGGGGUCAGCACAGCCUGCGCGUGCGCUCCCAGGCGCCAGGACGCCACGCUGAGAUCUGGGCGGCGCACAUCGGCACCACGCUGGUGGUGCGCCAAAGCGGGCGCGCGCUGGGCCUGGCCGUGCGCUCGCCGCGCGCCAUCGUUGAGUCGUACACACCCGAGCAGGACGUGCAGCUGUGCGUGUGGGGCUGCCCGAGCUCCCAGCGCUUAGAGACGCCGCACGCGCUGCCCACUGCGGCUGCGCACGCACACUGCUCCGCGUUGCUUCCCGCGCGGGACAUUUACUUCCAGGCUUGCCUCUUCGAUCUGCUGGCCACCGGGGACAUGAACUCCAGCUCCUCCGCUCUCGACGCCCUGGAGGACGCACGUGGCAUGAUCGCUGACCCUGAGAAGGUGCAUCUGCGGGCAGCUGCAGGGGUCAGGGUCGCGCCGCGGCUGCCCGCGCUGCUGGUCGCGACUUUAAUCACACUGAGACUCGCGCUGUGAUUUGACCCGUCCAGGCUCCGCCCACGAGUGCGGCCUAUUUUUAGAUAAUGUUGAAAGGAAUGUUGACAAAACUCCCACUCAGACACACACACCCCUCUUUAACCAGCAGCAGGGUCCCACACACACUCACACACACACCUCUUUAACCAGCAGCAGGAUCCCACACACACUCACACACACACCUCUUUAACCAGUAGCAGGGUCCACACACACACUCACACACACCGCUCUUUAACCAGUAGCACGGUCUCACACACACUCAUACACACCACAGCUGCGUUCCAAAAGCUAGGCUGCAUCUCAAAUGUCUCUCUAUGUAGUGGACUAUGUAGGUCAUGAAACAAUGGCUUCUACUACCAAACAGUGCAUUAUAUGUCUGACAGAAAGCCAUUUAUAUUAAACCAAAACUGCGCAACUCCCCAUCUAACAUUUAGUGCACUAUUUGGGUGUAGAAGGCAUAGUUUCAUGACCUAUGUAGUGGACUAUGGGCUAUAGGGAGUAGGGAGCCAUUUGAGAUUCAGGCUUAGGCUGCUACUUUAUUGAAGGCUGUUCUAAUCAGAAGGUUCUUCCAAAUACAGCCGAGAAAUGCAGCCUACAUUCUGAAGGUUCUCAAGGACGGUACAGGAGUAUCCAGGAACGCGGGGGGUGUGUUUUAAGUUGGGGUGCUGAAAUUUUAAGCGCUGUGUAUGUUUAACAAUGACGUGCAUUAUUUUCUUUUUUUCCUUUUGAAUUUUUCUGAUAAUUUACAUCAAACAGAACGAGUCAUAACAUGGAAUAAUGGGGCGAGAGAUGAUACUGAUGCACAUCCUCUCUCUCAGUGUGCGAAAUACCCCCUGGUAUUUUGGGGGUCCCAUGCUGGCUGGCUACUCUAGCAUUGGUCGGCUGCUAACUCACUCUCUGUAGUGAUGCUAGCUUCAAUGGCCACAGAAUGUUUGGUUUAACAAUUCUUUUUUUGGAAAUGUACUCCUCCACACAUUAUUGUAAAGUUUUACAGAGCUAUCCUGGACAUAGUUACAGUUGCUAGGCUAUGAAUGAACAUCUGGGUGAACUAAUAUGCUGCAGCGCCACCCUGAGGCAGACCAGUGCUGCAUCAGUAGUUAGUUAAAAAUACCAAAGACAGAACACAGCAUACCGUCAUACGUUUAUUUUCAGGAACCUCCCAGAAUUUUUCAUUUUGAGACAUUCAGUGGGUCCAAGAGGCUAAUUAGCAGGCCCUGGACCCCCCUGGUCCGCCUGUAUUUCGCACUUUACGCUGUCCAAUCUCUGGACGACCUUUAUGCAAAUUAACUGAGCGAUGACCAAUCACAUUGUUGAUCUGUUGCGCUGCAACCGUUUGUGUCUAACCCUCAGUUUAACGCUGGAACGCACACAGAGCGGGAUGUAUAACGAUUUAUAAAAACGUUAUUAUUAUAUUAGAUUAGACUAGAAUGAUUUUUUAAAGUUUAACAAUAAUAUUAGACUGCUUUGGGGUUCAGAACUGGCUUAUAACUUUAUACACACUUUCUCUCUUUGCACCUCAACUUGUUUGUGUUUUAGCAACACGCCACUGAAGCGGCUAACAGUUGUUGACGGAAGUGAUUCGGCUCACUGUAAUGAAAAUACAGCAUUCACUUAACAGGGAACAGCUAUUGAAGAUAUUGAUAUUAUAUACAGAAAAUAUACACGUACACACUUUAAAACAAGCACGCAAGUUUUUACUUAUGCCCAAAUUAUUAUAAAGUUCAGAAUUUUGUAUUAUUAUUAUUAUUAUUUAUUGUUUUUUUUUGCAGUUGCAAUCGUGAAAUUGCUUCCCAAGUCCCUGAACCUAUCCUUCAUGGUCUUCUAUCACCCAUAAUCCUUUGCACACGCGUCAGACCCGAAGAAAGUUCAAGAGUAACGUCAACAGAUAAAACUAACAACUACUCGUUCAAAAACACCAAGGGAAUGUACAGUAAAACAUACAAUUUGCUAAUUCUUUAGUUGUAUAUCUGUGUAAGAGUGUGUAAACUGAAUGCACGGUGGGAAAUACACCUGCCUUCAGUUUUUACUUAGGUUGGCAUUUAAUCACAAACACGUACUGACGUGCAAAAAAAAAACAAAACAAAAAAAAACAGCUAAGAAAAAAUACAGGCAAAAAAAUACAGAGAAAUAUACAGUAGAUCUGUUGAAAAGCAGCAGGCAGUAGCAGUGCACACAAAGUUUAAUUUCACUUUAUGUUUGUCAACUGCUGCUAUAGAAGCAUGUACAUAAACUACUGGCUUUAAAGGAUGAUGAUUGGUUGGUGGGCCGUACCCCUCUAAAUGACCCCCUGAUGCCAGGCCUGUACUCUGGGAGGUGGUGGCUCAGGGGCCCUGAAGAACGGCUCAUUCCGCUUGUAGCAAACAGCCUUGCACACGCACAUAUAAUACUUAAACACUCAUACACAUGAGACCCUUAUGCAGUCUCAUAUACACAAGAAGCACACUCAUACACACUGCAUACACACUUUUUAGCUUAUUUGUCUUGCUUUGUCAAGCCAACUUACAGCUCAUUUACAAGCGUUCAGCGUCCCUUUUAGUUUCAAAUGAAACUUAUUUUGAAUGUGUGUGAAAGGGCACACCGUUAGGACAGAUGAGAUGGUUUUGGAGCUGAUGCAUAAGUGAGCUAACAUUAGCAUGGUGGCAAUUUCGUUUAGGUCAGUGUUUCCCCACGCAGUCCUCUGGGGCUUUCCAGACAGUCCAUAUUUUUCCUGCAUCCCUAUGUGUUGUGAGUUAGGUUGGACUGUCCGGGAGAUCCUGAUGACGGGGUUGGGAAACACUGAUCUAGGUAGUUUCCAACCUGAAUUUCUCAUUAGCUAGCAAGGGAUUUUACCAACGUUCUGUAGGCUAAGGCUGGUCCAACCUACAUGGAUAGGUCUGGAAAGGCCAUGAAACACUGACAGACCCAACAUUUCCCAACAAACACCAAAGAAAUAGUGGCAGUUGGCUUUUUGUACUGUUUCAGAACAGAAACGACAAACCAAACAAAGCAGUAUUAACGGAAAAGAACAUUCUAAAACAAUGUGAAUGGUUUUGGUAGUGGUAACCUAUGGUGGUCGAGAAGACCCAACAAACCGCAAAUAAAAACAUUCUAGAACAUUUCAAAUAGUAGAGACCAUUUUACAGAGUCCCAACAAUAACAAAUAUGUAUUGCACCCCAACCCAGUGUUAGGGUUUGUUGGUGUUUGUUGGAGAAGUCCGGGUCAGUGUGUUCUUGGCUUUAGGGAUAAGCGGAUUGAUAUGGAUUGAUAAGUAUCAAUGUUUCCUAACGUUUCCUUUUGAGAAUCAGUCCUCACUUCAACAUAUUGACAGGUUUCCUUUAACCAGUAGCUUAAUAUGAAUAUUUAUCUUUUUCUGAAAUGUAAUGCAUAUUGAUGCUGGUAAAAAGUGAAAAAAGACAGUAGCAAAUAAUCAUUGUGAGGAAUAGGAACUAAUGCUGUCUCCUUCUGCUCCUCACACCGGCACAAAACAAGACGCAGUGAAUGAUCUGCUGUAAUCGCGGAUCAUAUCGAGUUAUUUCACUCCAUCAAAUAGCCUGAUUUUAGUUGUUUAUUUAAGACUAGUGCAAGGGCUUUCAAGUAUACAUCGUGAUGUCCACAUUUACUGGUUUUCACUUUAGAAACGAGAAGGUUUUACCCCUUUAACAUGCACAAGAAAACUUUUUAUACUACUGGUAGUGAUAGCCUACGGUGGCCGAGAGGACCCAACAAACUGCAAACAAAAAAACGAGCUGAAAACGCAGAAAACAUUUUCAUCAAAAUGACAACAUGGGCGCUGCAUUUUACAAACGCGCUGCAAAUUCGUAGACCAUCCGCAAACUCAGAAAGCAGUUUCAUCAGAAUGACGACACCAACGUUAGAUACAUUUUAUAAAUAAAAAAAAUUGCAACUUCAGAAACGCUGAUAAGCCAGUCACAAAUCACGGAGGUGUUUCCGGAGGACACUUAAAGAGGACGGAGCCAUUCAGACUUUUAAAUUCUAUACAGCACAAACAUUCACCGGUAAAGUCAACUUAUUUGAGCAGAUUAAUACUAACACUAUAUCGUAAUGGGAAUCACCUGUAGAGUUUAACUGUAAAAGUUUAACUGGUAAUACCAGAGAACUACCACAGCACAGCUAUGACAUGUGAGAUAGCAAACUAGCCAGCCAGGUUAACCAUGAACUUGGAAUGUGAGUUCCUUUGGUAUUGUCUGCUUCUGUCAGUGAUUUUCCAUCAUAGAUAUUUCAUCCCCUUUGUGCCCUUUGAGUCUUCCAGAAACAUUUCCGUUGUGUUGUGACUGUCUUUGCAGUGUUUCUGAAGAUUUAGCUAUAUUUGUAAUUUGUGUUUGUAAUUUGUCAUAUUGAUGAAAGUGUUUUCUGUAUUUGCCGCAUGUUUGUGAAACGCAGUUCAGGUAUAGUCAUUUUAAUGAAAGCGUUUUCUGUGUUUGCAGCGUGUUUAUGAGUUUGCAAAGUGUUUUAAUUGUACUAUAAGUAGGGUCUUAUCAGCCGCCUCAGUGUCGGAUAAAGAAAAGCAAUGUUAUCGAUUAAAAAAAUAAUAAAUCAAUGGCAUCCAUACUGUGAAUUUGUGGUUAUACUGAUGUCAUUGAAUGGCAGCUAUUACCUAAUAGUAGGUUUUAUACAAAUCAUCAGUAACGCCUCAUUCACUAUAUAUAGAGUUCAGUGUAGUACAGUACUACACUGUACUCUGUCAGUAAAACUCAUCUUGAAAAUUUGAUUACUGAUCAUCUUAAAGAGGUUUAUUGUCACAGUGUCUCCAAACAAGAUAUAAUUUUAUGAAACGUAAGCCUAAUAACCACAGUGUUAAUUUAUUUUUAUGCUCAAGUUAAACUGAUACAAACUGUAGCUUGGUUGCUAAUAUUGAAUAAUGUUGUUUAAUGUAAAAAACGUUGUUAUUAUUACUGAUAUGUUGAAUUUUUGUUUACUGGAAGAACAUAGUGGAUAUAGUACACAAUGGACUCUAGGAGACAGUCUGGCACUGACUCUCAGACAACUAAUUCAUUAUGUUUUUUAAAAAGUGUGUUAGUCCAGUGACAUUGAUGUUUAAAUCUCGAUAUGCUCUUUUUCAGUUUGUGUUAUGGAUGAGUAUCAGGUUUAAAACAGUGUUAAAAAGGCAACUACUUUUGUGUCAACAUGUACAGUGAGUUCCUUAUAUGUGCACAUAUAUAAAUACAAUCACAUCAGUACAAAUAA